AUGUUGGCAAGGGCAACCCAAUAUGUGAACUUGGUUUGGUGGGGUAAGCGGCCCCCCGUCAACUGGUGGCUCUUAUCGUGCGCACAAAAUGACGAUGAGAAAUCUACUCCCCCGACACCACUGCAUAUUUCACCCCCAGAUAUGGCAAACUCCAAAUUCGAGUACGUCAAGGACUUUGAGCAGUCCGAUCCAUUGCUGCCCAGCACGUGGAUUGUGGUUCGCAUUGACGGAAGAGGCUUUCACAAGCUCUCGGAUCACUAUGCUUUCCAAAAACCUAAUGAUCGGCGUGCGCUUGAUCUCAUGAAUGCCGCCGCUGUCGAGGUCAUGAAAGAUCUUCCCGAUCUAUGUAUUGCCUAUGGCGUCAGUGACGAGUUUAGGUAUUUUCCACCAUUCUUGCUCAUGUUCAUGUUCGAUUCUGACCGAUACGAUCCCAGUUUUGUCUUCUCUCCAAGUUGUCAGCUCUUUGAGCGACGAAACGCGAAAUUGGUUACAACCAUCGUCUCGACCUUCACAGCAUACUAUAUCUAUCUGUGGCCCACAUAUUUCCCUUCUACCCCACUAGCGCCGCCAUACCUCCCAUCCUUUGAUGGACGAGCGGUCGUUUACCCAAACUCACGUAUUCUACGGGAUUACAUGAGUUGGAGGCAGGUUGAUUGUCAUAUCAACAACCUCUACAAUACUACAUUCUGGACUAUGGUUCUGCAAGGUGGUAUGAGCAACACCGAUGCGGAACAAGAGCUCAAGGGCACUGUAUCUGGGGACAAAAACGAGAUCCUUUUCAAGCGGUUUGGGAUCAACUACAAUAAUGAAGGGGAGAUGUACAAGAAAGGCAGUGUGCUCUACCGUCAGUAUGAGCUUGUGGAGCCCAAGGCUACUCCCUCGACGGACAAUGAGGCUUCAGUUCCAGAGGCUACUCAGUCAAGGUCACAGCAGGAUAAAUUGAAGAAACUGCGUCGCAAGGCACAGGUGGUAGUCGAUCAUGUUGACAUCAUUAAGGACGAUUUCUGGGCGAGAAGGCCGUGGAUUUUGUCCGGGACACCAGGCAAGUUGCCACAGAACUGA